CCUGUAACCAUGCGCGGCUUGGAGAAGCAGGGUCCGAGUGCUACAGCGGCCUCAUGUGGGUGCGCUCAGCCGGACCUGGAGACAGGUAACUUCUAGGAAACAGGCCGCGCCGCGCCCUAAGCUAGAUUGCCGGCUUCCCUGCCCGGAAGAACGCGAGCUGCCUGACGUGUGUUCUUGUCCUUGCCGCCAAAGGAAUCUUUUAACUGAGCCAAUAGGGUACUUGGAAUCAUGUUUCUCAGCCAAGAUUGGUACUCCAAGGCAGCCAUCCAUUUGUAGCCAAUCCAGAGCCUGUUUGAAGAUCAGAAAGAGCAUCUUUAAUAAUCCUGAACAUUCCUUGAUGGGCCUAGAACAGUUUUCUCAUGUUUGGAUCUUGUUUGUCUUUCACAAAAAUGGCCAUUUGAAUUACAAGGCAAAAGUGCAACCCCCUAGGCUGAACGGGGCAAAGACCGGAGUGUUCUCCACACGGAGCCCCCAUCGCCCGAAUGCAAUAGGACUGACGCUGGCCAAGCUGGAGAAGGUGGAAGGUGGAGCUGUAUACCUGUCUGGAAUUGACAUGAUACACGGCACACCUGUGCUGGACAUAAAGCCCUACAUUGCCGACUACGACUCACCACAGAACUUGGAGCCACAGACCAAACACCACAAGCCGAGGGCUGCGGGCCCAUCUGACGCCACAGCUAACAGUUGUGACCAGCAGCUGCUCUCAGGGUGUGAGAAAGCACAGCCUUGCCACAGCACCAAGGAGAAACCGAAAUGCCUCAAACACAGGACCUCGGAUGAAAACUCCCAGAAGUUCAGAGACACCUCAGAAAUCCAGCACACUUUGCCAGAGGACAGAGAGAGAGCAGUGGAUUUAGCCCUGGAACCAAGCAGAGAGGAAAGCAUGGAUGUGCCUGAAGAUCAGCUUGGCCCACAGGAGCUGAAGAGCUUUCUGGAAGAAGGCACAGAUAGACCAAGGAAAGUGGAAGGUGCCUUGGUCCUGUGGGAGAGCAGUGCAGAAACACAGUGGGAUGCUUCCUGCCAUGCCAGGACAGCUGACAGAGUGCCCUGCAGUGUUGUCCCCAGCUGGGUGAAGGAGGCUCCUGUAGCCACUUUACAAGUCCGGUUUACUCCUCAUGCAGAGAUGGAUCUGAGGAAGCUCAGUUCAGGAGGUGCUAGUCAGACGUCGUUUAAAUACUUCCAUUCCACAGAGGAAGCCAAGUGUGCCAUUGAGGCUAUGCUGUCAGCAGAUCCUCGGUCUGUGUACCGGCGGAAGCUCUGUGAGGACCGCCUUUUCUUCUUUACUGUGGACAUAGCACACGUCACGUGCUGGUUUGGUGAUGGCUUUGCAGAAGUUCUGAGGAUUAAACUGGCUUCUGAGCCUGUUGAGGUGGCUGACCCUGAGGAAUCUUUGGUGGCCUUGGGGUCUUGAGGAACCUAGAAUGUUUUCAGAAGCUCUGUUGGUGUCUGGAUGUGCCUGCUCCUGUCAUCUUCCUGCUUUAAUUGACUCUGUUUAAAAUAUUUAUGUGAAGGAAA